AUGCCUGUUAACGAGUAUGAAGCACAAAGAACAUCAAACAUUGAAGCUAACAAGAAAGUUCUGCGUGAACUUGGUCUCGAAAGGCCUCCGCCAAUUUUUAUAGCCAAAAGAAAAAAAGCCACAAGCAACAAAAGAAAAGUAUCACGUCGCUUUAGUGAGAACCAAAACAAUACUACAUCCAGUAGUGACUUUAAUGGCGGAUUGAGAAGGUCAGGACGUCUCUCUGAAAAGCCACCAAAAAAUUUAAGCGAAGAUAUGCUUUUUGUGGGAAUCGAAGGUGAAAAUCGGCGAAAAGCUACUGUGCGAAAAGUUGCUGUUUACGAAAGUGACCCAAAUUGGCGCCAAAACCGGCCGGAUCCUCAUCAAUUCGGCAACCUUCCAGGAUAUGAGGUCGGAAGUUGGUGGCCAACAAGAAUGGCGUGUUGCCAUUCUGGAGUUCAUGCACCGACGGUCGCGGGAAUAGCGUGGAAUGAAGGUGAAGGUGCAACGAGUAUCGCCUUAUCAGGGGGAUAUGAAGAUGAUGUCGAUUGGGGAGAAGCUUUCACUUACACCGGUUCUGGUGGUAGAGACCUAAAAGGCACCAAGAGUAAUCCAAAGAAUUUAAGAACUGCACCACAAUCGAAGGAUCAAGAAUUAGUCGCAGGCAAUCUUGCUCUAAAGAUUUCUUGUGAAACAAAGAGACCUAUUCGUGUAAUUCGGGGUUUCCGUUUAGACAAUGAAUAUGCACCGGAAGAAGGGUAUAGGUAUGACGGACUUUACACAGUUGAGAAAUGGUGGGAAAGUAUAGGAAAAAGUGGAUAUAAGGUGUACAAAUACGCUUUCAAGAGGAUGGAAGGACAACCACCACUCGGGACAUGUUUUAUGCCGUUAGACAAAGACGAAGACGAAAGUGAGGACGAAAACAAGAACGAAGGUGAAGAUGAAGAUGGAAACGAAGAUGAGAGAGAAAAUGAGAGCGAAGAUGAGGAUGGUAACAUCAAGAAAAAGUUGAAAUUAUAA